GAGUGACAAGGUGCUAGGGUGGGGGACGUGACAGGCUCAGUCGAACGCCGUCCGCUGUUAGCUACGCACGUGUACAGCGCUCGUGAGUGUUUGUGAAUGGAAUGCUCGGAUAUUGUGAAGUGUUUACACUAAGUGUGUGUACAAUUGUCUAAGCUGGAAAAGGAUCACGAAUUGUGGAGCAAGAUGCUCACUUCAAGCAAUCAGUAUUUACGCCCGGAUUAUCUGUCGCCGCUGCCAACAACGCUCGACGCGAAAAAGAGCCCACUUGCACUGCUAGCGCAGACCUGCAGCGCUAUCGGCGCCGAUACACCAAAUCCCAAAUUAAUCUCCGCCGCUGAAAAAGCUAGCAAGAAAUACGAAGACAAAUCGCCGGUCAUCCACGUACCAGAUAACAAACCCAGCUUCAAGCCUUACGAAUCGUGCCUAACUGCGAGAGAAAAGACUAGGACGCCCGAGGACAGAGCCUCGGUCAACGCCCACUCGAAGACUCCUCUGUCUUCGAAAGGAAGUGCCUCAACAACGCCAGUGCAAGCGCGCUGCGGGAGCAACCAGAGUUCAUCAUCUCAAAGAACUCCACCACCUGCUCAUCGUAAAACACCAUCAGAAAAGUCAGACGAAAGAUCUAGCCCACUCCAUGGCUCCCCAGCACCAGCAAAAUCAAAUUCAGACUCAGCAAGCAAUUCAUCUUCAUCAAAGUUACCAUUUACACCCACCUCUCUAACGUCCAAUGCAGAAACCAAAGAAUCUAGUUUCAAACCCAGUGCACCAGUUACGUCUUCUGCUUUCUUAGGUGGUUUACCACCCACUGGCUUUCCAUUGCCGAUGGAUUUAAUGACUAGCAGUUUGAUGGCUGCUCAGCACCAUGCAUUGAAAAAUGGGCUAAACCCGUAUUUAGCGUAUGCAAGAAUGAAAGCGCCCAGUGAUAUAGGAAUAUGCAGAGAUCCGUAUUGUACGGGCUGCUCUCUGAGCUCACAUUUGCUUAAGUCAGCUAUAUGCCCUGCUGGGUGUGCGCAAUGCGAUCAUGCUAAGACUCCUUUCCCACUGCCAACGAACCACCCAGCUGCAGCCGCGUAUGCUCACGCUCAAUUAGCAGCUCUUGCUGCGGCAUCACAAUUACCUUUCGUCUGCAGUUGGAUGGCUGGUGAUUCCGCAUACUGUGGCAAAAGAUUUGGUUCUUCAGAGGAAUUACUUCAACAUUUGCGAUCACAUACUGCUAGUGGUGAGUCGAGUCCAAGUCUUUCUAUGUUGAGUGCAACGCAUCCACUAUUGCAAAGAACAUAUCCAACACCGCCUUUGUCUCCCUUGACACCAAGAUUCCACCCAUACAGCAAGCCAUCACACCUAGUUUCGUCGCCACCACUACCGUUUCCGCUGCCUCCACAUCCCUCUCUAGCAGCGUAUUUUCCAUCAUAUCCCCUAUUUGGACCUCGGCCUCUCCACCCUUGAGGACCGUCGGCGCUCCACGCACAGAAGAAGGGGGGCGCCGACCGCUAACGCCCAUGCCAAAAGGACUAUUAGAACCGGAGAAAGUGUAAAUAUAAUUGUAGUGAUCUUCGGGUUUCUAGUCGGAUCAUAUCAACGACGUACGAAUGAAUGACCCCCUCGGGGUGACGACAGCUGUGAUCUCUAACUCAAUAUAAUGUUAAAUGCACUGAUACUGUGAGAGUUCUCUCUAAGCUUGGACGGUCCGCAAAGUGCGGAUUUUUAUUUUCUAGUUAGAUUAACAAAAUUUUUAUGUACCAAAUCUAUAGAUUGUAAUUAAAAUAUAAUUUCUAAUUUAAGUUGUUGGAAAUUAUAAGUGAGGAUUGUUAAAUUGUGUUUGUAUUUUUUAAUAAUCAAAAUAUUUUUGAAUAUAAAAGUGUGACAUUCGUCGUUCACAUAUCUUUAAGUAGUGUUAUUUGACUAAGUAUCUCCCAACAAAUGUCUGAAACUUAAGUGUUACCGCAGGAUAGAAAAUCAUUGUUCUAAUUUAGAUGUUGCAACUUUUCAUUGAUCUUAGAUGAAUCUCAAGCACAUUCAGAAGUUUAUAUAUUAAAAUUAUAUAAGAACUUUCACUUUGUUUCAUGUGAAAGUUUUAAAAUAGUAUCUGCACAUAUUUUAUGCAUAAUAAUAAAUGAAUUACAGGAGAUACAUGUGUCGAAUCGUAUUGUGUAUCGCAUAAUAAAGCUACUGUAUUAUCUCCAAUCGAUAUCUGUUGAAACAAAGAUUUGUUGUUAUAAAGAGCAUAAAGCGAAGAAAAUAUACGUAAAUAUUUAAUUUGA